UGAUACGAGUAAAUCCUGUAUGGUAACAUGCUCAGGUAAAACAAACAAGGGUGAGGCACAGAGUUUCAGGACACAAUGACAAAACGCUAACAGGGAAGAUAUAUUUGAUUUCAGAAAAAAGUCUACUUUGGCAGUUCCUCUUUUCAGUCAAACAACAAAAUCAUGAGUGGGCGUGUCCCGGUCCAACACCUGCAAGACUGUAGUAUUCACAGAUGCAUAUCUUCCUGGGAAAGGCAAUCCUGUCAGAGGAAAAUCUUAUCCUUAUCUGCUGUUACUUCUGUUGCUCUUCUUUUGGCACUGCUAAUGCUCAUUGUCUUCCAUGUAACUUGGAACUGGCAGGACACAGUUGGGAAGAACUCAACACAGGAUUUGACCUUUGACCCCAGUGAGAACACAUUGGAAGACUGCAAAUCCACAGCUGCAGUUGUGAAGAUGGCCGAUGAAGCCCUGCUGCAGAAAUGGGAAAGCAGUGCAAACUUAAGCCAAGUCCGAUAUGAUGCAGAAGAAAAUGCUAAAGAUCCUGCACACAUUUACAUUGAGAAACAUCACGCUGUUGCCCUUUAUUUGUACACAAAUAUUUUACUUCAGUCCGUCAAUCAAGACUCUAACGCUGCAGCAGAAACAGGAAAACAGCUGGGUGGAAAUAAACCUGCUGUGUAUGGUUCCAUUCAUUUGUCACUUGGUGAAGCUGUCCAGACUCUGAAGCACAGUCAGGUGACAUGUCUCCACACAAACUACAGAACAGACACAGCUUUACAUCUGAACAUCUCCAACAAACAAAUCCACUUCAGCUCUUUUGUGUUGGCAUCAUCUGAGUUGAACUUCACAAGUAAGAUUUGUUUGGAGGUUUACACAUGUUUCGGUGCUGAUAUAACAUAUUACUCAGCCUUGAAAUUAAAGAACCAGAUCCUGAUCCCCCCGUAUGAGGUUUUUAAAGUCACCGACACUGAGACGAAUACAGACAGAUGUCAGGUGGUCUACAGACUGAAGAGCAACCUGAACUGUGUUUAUGAUGUAGAGACUAAUAUGCUGCACCCAAUAUCUGCAUCACCUUUGGAUAUAUUUUGGCUCAUUUUCAUUGUUAUUUCUGUAAUUACAAUAAUAAUUCUGAUACUUUUUGUCAUCGUUAAGGUUUUAGAAAAGCAUAGGAAAACUGCUGUUUCAUCUUUACACACCAACAAUUACAGUCCUGCUAGAGUUGUCUUGUAACUCUCAGGCAUUGUUCAAUAACUCACAAACAGUCUGGAGUCCAGGGUUGCACUAAAAAUAAAUAUUAUUGAA